UACAAGCGACCAGGAUCGGGGGUACAAGGGGCUAGGAUCGGGGGUACAAGCGGCCAGGAUCGGGGGUACAAGGGGCCAGGAUCGGGGGUACAAGCGGCCAGGAUCGGCAGACCGGGGGGGGGGGGGAUCAGGACCGGGACCCCCAGGACCCCCAAGAUCGCAGGGUGAUCAGGAAUCUCUCGGAAAGAAUCGAUCUUGCUCCCGGAACACGCAGGGGACGAUACCUCACCACGCUGGUCAGUGCGGGGUGGACCCCCCCUCCUCCUCCUACCCCCCCAGUCAAUCGGACCCCUUCGACCCCAGGAUUAGGACUUACCAAGACCCCCCAGGAUCCCAUAGGCCCCCCAGAAUCAGGCCCCCGUCCCCCACGACAGGGAUUCUAGGAGCAGGUUGACGACCUUAGAACGCUCAGACCCCCAGGGCCGGGAUUCUAUGACCUAUAACCCCAUUGAUUAGGAGGACCCUUGGUCCAGGUCAAGGGUCAAGGACCCCCCCCCCCCAGGAUUCUCGUUAUCCUAAAGUCUCCAGGAGUAGGACCCCAAGACCGGGGUUCUAAGACCCCCCAGACGCAAAGGGGACCAGGCUGCUAGGGCUGUUCCCAGGUCCCCUAGGGCUCCCGAUGACCCGGGGGUUCAGCACCAGGACCCAGUUUCUAGUCUCUAAAGUCUUGUGCCGAGCUGACAGUCCUCGACCAGGGAGAUAUUGAGCGCGAAUUCCCAGUCCACGGCUCAUUGGGGUUCGAGAUUUCGGUUACUGGUCCUCCCAGGUUACCCACCCCCAAGUCCCAUAGUCGUUAAUCUCAGUCUUUAGCUGGUCCCAGUCUCUCUCCGUCCUCGAGUUCCCAGUCCUCCUCGCCACCCCGCGAAGUUGUCUUCUCCCUCCCUUUGAUUCCCGAACCCCGCGCUCGCCAUGGCGACCCGGAGUCUAACCGAGGCUUUCGUGCUGAUGCGGAAUAACGCGAUGCACACGAGACACGUGCUGGCCGAGCAAAUGGCGGAUGACCGCAUGGCACUCGUGUCUGGUCUCAGCAUGGACCCCGAGGCAGCCAUUGCCGUCACAAAGACACUCCCGCCGGACUGGGUGGACAGCGUGGACGAGAUCCAGUACGAGGUGGCGCGGAUCAAGCAGAAGAUGAAGGAGCUGGCGGUGCUGCACGACAAGCACCUGAACCGGCCCACGCUGGACGACACGAGCGAGGAGGAGCACGCCAUCGAGAUCACCACGCAGGAGACCACGCAGAUGUUCCACAGGUGCCAGCGCUCCGUCCAGGCGCUGCAGAACCGGGCGCGCGGGCGCGGCGAACAGGAGCGCCGCAUCCUCGCCAACGUGGUGAGCUCGCUGGCGCAGGGACUCCAGGAGCUGUCCACCGCGUUUCGCCACACGCAGUCCGGAUACCUGCGCCGAAUGAAGAACCGUGAGGAGCGCUCGCAGGUCCUCUUCAGCACGGGGGGACCGCUCAUGGAGGAGACGGAACCCGACGACCUCUACGACCGCUGGUUCACUGAGGAGCAGCUGCAGCUGGUGGAGGGCAACACGGAGAUGGUGGAGGAGCGAGAGCGCGAGAUCCGUCAGAUUGCGCAGUCCAUCUCCGAGCUCAACGAGAUCUUCCGCGACCUCGCACACAUGGUGGUGGAGCAGGGCACGGUGCUCGACCGCAUCGACUACAACGUGGAGCAGUCGUGCGUCAAGACGGAGGAGGGGCUCAAGCAGCUGCAGAAGGCCGAGACGUACCAAAAGAAGAACCGGAAGAUGCUCGCGAUCCUCCUCCUCUUCGUGAUCCUCGUCAUCAUGAUCCUCGUCCUGGUGGGGACCAAGGGGAGAUAACGGGGCGGGCCGGCGCCCCCCGGGGCCACCGCGCCCCCCCCCCCCCCGUGCACCAACGUGACGACGCGUGCUGAGCAUCGCUCUAUUUAUUGGAUGUAAAUUUCCCGUCGGCGCUUGCCUCCCAAUACCCCGCCCCCUCGCGCCCCCCCCCACCGACCCCGCCCCCUCCCUCCCCCCCCGCCCCCCCACCAACCCCACCUCCUCCCUCCGCACCCCCGGCCCACGACAGGCGCCAGAAAUCGCCGAACUUCCGAACGACCGAAGCACCGCCGGGUUCAUAAUGGCCGGCCGGUGGAGGGGAUGGGGGGGGAGAGGAAGCCUUGCAACCUUGUGCGGCGUUUGGACAUGUCGGGGGUACGAGGAGGGAGUGAGGAGGGGAGAUGGGUAAAGAUUUGCGGGGGGGAGGAGGCGGAGGGGGGUGGGGGCCGUGUCUGACCGUGGUGCCGGUAGCUUGCGGGUCGUCUGAUGCCUCGUUUCCCUGACCCAACGAGGGGGGUGGUGGUGGUGGUGGACACUGGGUUUUGGUCAACCCAGGAUUGGCCCCGUUCCGGCCCAGAUAUGGCACCAGGGCCCAGGGUCAGAGUUCGCAGACUCCUGCUCCAUGCGGUCCCGUCCCUGUCCUCCCUUUACGCUUCUCAGCAAAGGGGGUUGGGGUCUGGAAUACAUCUUUAGGUUAACGUAUUCAUCUACGUGGAGAUCUGUUCCGUGAAUCGAUUGUUCCGUGUCCGAGCGAGAAGUUUGGCGGCAAUGGGUACCCCAAGUCUGACCUUUCUCGAAGCGAUAUUCAGCCUUGAGGGGCAAUGGAAUUCUUAUACCGUUUUUUUUUUUCCACUGGCACAUCCAAGCCGAGCCAGCACGCUGCCCUCGCGGUACAAGUUGUUUUUUCCACUCGAUAUUCACCGAGCCAAGCCGGAACCAAACUUUGAUUCGCUGGCAUUGCACGGCACGGCGCGGCUUUCUGUAGUGGAGAAAGCAACCCGGCCCGACUUCCUGAGCCGCACAGGGCCAACUCUGCACGGCUCUGUUGCGCCGGUGGGGAAAAAAAGUGGGUGGUUGACGGUAUCGCCAGUGCGGUCACGGGGUCUGGUGGUGGGACCGAGGCAGGAGGUAUAGAGGGGCAGCUGGGUUCUGUUCCGAAUUGGGUGCGAAGGUUUUAACCAAAUACACGGGCAACCAAGAGAUGCAUGUGGUGGUGCUUGUUGUGUCUAGGGGAAGAUGGGUUAUUUUUGUGAAUAUAUGGGGGAAGUUAAAGAUGUACAAGAGAUGUGUAAUUAUCCUUUGGCUCGGAGAGGGAGGGGGAAGUACGGCAUCUUGUUGUUUUGCUUUGUUUUAAUUGUGACUUUAACGUGAACAAAUAAUUCAUGAAGUUGACAUUCCACUGGGUGGGUCGUGGGGUCACACGGUGACACGGUACGGCCACGCCCCCCCAAUGCGAGUCAUCCACACAGCGAGGGUCGCCCUCGUCCCCCGUGGGUUGCUGGCUCGCUCACUCGCCCACGUGUGGACGGGGCGACUCGUCGUGGCGAGCGACCCACGCGGAGACUCGAGCAACUCGCAUUGAGGUCGCUUGGGGCUUCCAGCGAGUUGCUCGCUCGCACGAAGACCGGAAGGGCGACUCGCAGCUAAUCGCCUGCCCCCCCUUGCCCUUUGCGAGUCGCUCACCUUCCACACCAGUCGCUCCGUCUGCGCGCGACUCGCUCGGCCCUCGCUAGAGUGGCUCUGUCACUCGAUCAAUGGCUCGCGCAUCAAGCGAGUCGUCCGCUCGUUAAUCUCUCGUCGAGUCGCUCGAUCUCAACCGCCGCUCGCCCGCUCGCUUGCUCGAUCGCGUCCACCCACCCAGUCCCCGCGGCGUCCGAUCUCCCCGCUGCGGCGUCGGGAUCGAGACGUGGGCGGGUCACAUGACUGCCAGGGCCGCGGCGGUGGAAUAUGCCGUGCGAUGAAUGUCUUGUCGUUGUCGGCGCUGCCUGUAAAUCCUCAUCGUGUUGCGUAACCCGCGUGUCCGUAGCGUGGAGGGCCGCAAAUCAUUUGUCUAAUUUAUCCGCCCCCUGUAACGGGCUGCCACGUGAGCCGCUUGCGGUUUAAUAAACGGGCACGCUCCGUCGCGA